GAGCGAGCGCCGGCCAGCUCACCCGGCUGCCCCGUGCCCCAGCCGCCGCCGCCGCGCUCCCGAGCUCAGACUCAAGCCGGACCUCCCCAGGCGCCGUGCCCCAGUGCGCUCGUCCUCAGGUCCCCGACCCGGCCCACGCACUGGGCUGCGGGCCACCGGGGCCAGGAGGCGCUCGGCACCUGGGCACUCCGAGCGAUGCGCAGCGGGGCAGCGCCGGCCCCGCGGAUGGAGCUGCUGCUGCCGCCGCCGCCGCCGCCGCCGCCCGGCGCGCCCCGCUCCGCCCGCGCCCCGUGCGCCUGAGCGCCGAGCUCGCUCCUCCUCCGCGCCAACUCCGCCGCCGGCUCCCCAGGCCGCUCGGGCUCCGCGCGCGCUUCCCCAGGCUCCACGCGUCUUGCCCCGCCGAGGCAGCCUCCUCCAGGCGCGGGCCCCUGCACACCAUGGCCACCGGGCGGACAGGGGCCGGCGCCGCCGUGCGCGCCCGCCUGGCGCUGGCCUUUGCGCUGGCGAGCGUCCUGAGCGGGCCCCCAGCCGCCGCCUGCCCCACCAAGUGUACCUGCUCCGCCGCCAGCGUGGACUGCCACGGGCUGGGCCUCCGGGCGGUUCCCCGGGGCAUACCCCGCAACGCCGAGCGCCUUGACCUGGACAGAAAUAAUAUUACCAGGAUUACCAAGAUGGACUUCGCUGGACUCAAGAACCUCCGGGUCUUGCAUCUGGAAGACAACCAGGUCAGCGUCAUCGAGAGAGGCGCCUUCCAGGAUCUGAAGCAGCUGGAGCGAUUGCGCCUGAACAAGAAUAAGCUCCAGGUCCUUCCGGAAUUGCUUUUCCAGAGUACACCAAAGCUCACCAGACUAGAUCUGAGCGAAAACCAGAUCCUAGGGAUCCCGAGGAAGGCAUUCCGUGGCAUCACCAACGUGAAGAACUUGCAACUGGACAACAACCACAUCAGCUGCAUUGAAGAUGGAGCCUUCCGAGCGCUGCGCGAUUUGGAGAUCCUCACACUCAACAACAACAACAUCAGCCGCAUCCUGGUCACUAGCUUCAACCACAUGCCGAAGAUUCGAACGCUGCGCCUCCACUCCAACCACCUGUACUGUGACUGCCACCUGGCCUGGCUCUCAGAUUGGCUGCGACAGCGACGGACAAUUGGCCAGUUCACACUCUGUAUGGCUCCUGUGCACCUGAGGGGCUUCAAUGUGGCAGAUGUGCAGAAAAAGGAGUAUAUAUGCCCAGGACCCCACUCAGAACCUCCGUCCUGCAAUGCCAACUCCAUCUCCUGUCCCUCGGCCUGCACAUGCAGCAAUAACGUCGUGGACUGUCGAGGGAAGGGCUUGACGGAGAUCCCUGCCAACUUGCCAGAGGGCAUCGUCGAAAUACGCCUGGAACAGAACUCCAUCAAAUCCAUCCCUGCUGGAGCCUUCACCCAGUACAAGAAACUGAAGCGAAUAGACAUCAGCAAGAAUCAGAUAUCGGACAUUGCUCCAGAUGCCUUCCAGGGUCUGAAAUCACUCACGUCGCUGGUGCUGUAUGGAAACAAGAUCACCGAGAUUGCCAAGGGACUGUUUGAUGGGCUGGUAUCCCUACAGCUGCUCCUCCUCAAUGCCAACAAGAUCAACUGCCUGCGAGUGAACACGUUUCAGGACCUGCAGAACCUCAAUCUGCUCUCUCUGUAUGACAACAAGCUGCAGACCAUCAGCAAGGGACUCUUUGCCCCUCUGCAGGCCAUCCAGACCCUCCACUUAGCCCAAAACCCAUUUGUGUGCGACUGCCACUUGAAGUGGCUGGCCGAUUACCUGCAGGACAACCCCAUCGAGACGAGCGGGGCCCGCUGCAGCAGCCCGCGCCGGCUGGCCAACAAACGCAUCAGCCAGAUCAAGAGCAAGAAGUUCCGCUGCUCAGGCUCAGAGGAUUACCGCAGCAGGUUCAGCAGCGAGUGCUUCAUGGACCUUGUGUGCCCUGAGAAGUGCCGCUGUGAGGGCACCAUUGUGGACUGCUCCAACCAGAAGCUGGCCCGCAUCCCAAGCCACCUCCCUGAAUACGUCACUGAUCUGCGGCUGAACGACAAUGACAUAUCUGUCCUAGAGGCCACUGGGAUCUUCAAGAAGUUGCCCAACCUGCGGAAAAUAAACCUGAGCAACAAUAAGAUCAAGGAGGUGAGAGAGGGUGCCUUUGAUGGAGCGGCAAACGUGCAGGAGCUGAUGCUGACCGGGAACCAGCUGGAAACAGUGCAUGGGCGCAUGUUCCGUGGCCUCAGCAGCCUCAAGACCUUGAUGCUGAGGAGUAACCUGAUCAACUGUGUCAGCAAUGACACCUUUGCUGGCCUGAGUUCAGUGAGGCUGCUGUCCCUCUAUGACAAUCGGAUCACCACCAUCACCCCUGGAGCCUUCACCACACUUGUCUCCCUAUCCACCAUAAACCUCCUGUCCAACCCCUUCAACUGCAACUGCCACCUGGCCUGGCUGGGCAAGUGGCUGAGGAAGAGGCGGAUCGUAAGCGGGAACCCCCGGUGCCAAAAGCCUUUCUUCCUCAAGGAGAUACCCAUCCAGGAUGUGGCCAUCCAGGACUUCACCUGUGAAGGCAAUGACGAGAGUAGCUGCCAGCUGGGCCCACUCUGCCCGGAGCAGUGCACCUGCGUGGAGACAGUGGUGCGGUGCAGCGACAGGGGGCUACACACCCUACCCAGAGGCAUCCCCAAGGACGUGACUGAACUGUACCUGGAAGGAAACCACUUAACAGCCGUGCCCAGGGAGCUGUCCGCCCUCCCACACCUGACACUUAUUGACCUGAGCAACAACAGCAUUGGUGUGCUGACCAAUUACACCUUCAGUAACAUGUCUCACCUGUCCACCCUGAUCCUGAGCUACAACCGGCUGCGGUGCAUCCCCAUCCACGCCUUCAACGGGCUGCGGUCUCUCCGAGUGCUAACCCUCCAUGGCAACGACAUUUCCAGCGUUCCCGAAGGCUCCUUCAGUGACCUGACAUCUCUUUCCCAUCUGGCGCUGGGAACCAAUCCACUCCACUGUGACUGCAGUCUGCGCUGGCUGUCAGAGUGGGUGAAGGCGGGGUACAAGGAGCCUGGCAUCGCCCGCUGCAGUAGCCCUGAGUCCAUGGCUGACAGACUCCUGCUCACCACCCCCACCCACCGAUUCCAGUGCAAAGGGCCAGUGGACAUCAACAUUGUGGCCAAGUGCAAUGCCUGCCUCUCAGACCCGUGCAAGAACAAUGGGACGUGCAGCCAGGAUCCUGUGGAGCUCUACCACUGCACCUGCCCCUAUGGCUACAAGGGCAAAGACUGCGCUAUGCCCAUCAACACCUGCAUCCAGAACCCCUGUCAGCAUGGAGGCACCUGCCACCUGAGCGAAAGCCACAAGGAUGGGUUCAGCUGCUCCUGCCCUCUGGGCUUUGAGGGGCAGCGGUGUGAGAUCAAUCCAGAUGAUUGCGAGGACAACGACUGUGAGAACAAUGCCACCUGUGUGGACGGGGUCAACAACUACGUGUGCGUCUGCCCUCCUAACUACACGGGUGAGCUGUGCGACGAGGUGAUUGACCACUGCGUGCCUGGGAUGAACCUCUGUCAGCAUGAGGCCAAGUGCAUCUCCCUGGACAAAGGAUUCAGGUGUGAAUGUCCCCCUGGCUACAGUGGGAAGCUCUGCGAGGUGGACAAUGAUGACUGCGUGAACCACAGGUGCCGCCACGGGGCCCAGUGCGUGGAUGCAGUCAACAGCUACACAUGCAUCUGCCCCCAGGGCUUCAGCGGGCUCCUCUGUGAGCACCCCCCACCCAUGGUCCUGCUUCAGACCAGUCCCUGUGACCAGUAUGAGUGCCAGAACGGGGCCCAGUGCAUCGUGGUACAGCAGGAGCCGACCUGUCGCUGCCCCCCAGGCUUCGCCGGCCCGAGGUGCGAGAAACUCAUCACUGUCAACUUUGUGGGCAAAGACUCCUACGUGGAACUAGCCUCCGCCAAGGUCCGGCCCCAGGCCAACAUCUCCCUGCAGGUGGCCACUGACAAGGACAACGGCAUCCUUCUGUACAAGGGAGACAAUGAUCCCCUCGCACUGGAGCUGUACCAGGGCCACGUGAGGCUCGUCUAUGACAGUCUGAGCUCCCCACCAACCACAGUGUACAGUGUGGAGACAGUGAAUGACGGACAGUUUCACAGUGUGGAGCUGGUGAUGCUAAAUCAGACCCUGAACUUGGUGGUGGAUAAAGGAGCCCCGAAGAGCCUGGGAAAGCUCCAGAAGCAGCCGGCAGUAGGCAUCAACAGCCCCCUCUACCUCGGAGGCAUCCCCACCUCUACGGGCCUCUCAGCCCUGCGCCAGGGCACGGACCGGCCGCUGGGCGGCUUCCAUGGCUGCAUCCACGAGGUGCGCAUCAACAAUGAGUUGCAAGACUUCAAGGCCCUCCCACCGCAGUCCCUGGGGGUCUCACCAGGCUGCAAGUCCUGCACCGUGUGCAAGCACGGCCUGUGUCGCUCCGUGGAGAAGGACAGCGUGGUGUGCGAGUGCCACUCGGGCUGGACCGGCCCGCUGUGUGACCAGGAGGCCCGCGACCCCUGCCUGGGCCACAGUUGCAGCCAUGGGAAAUGUGUAGCAACCGGGACCUCGUAUGUGUGCAAGUGUGCAGAGGGCUACGGGGGGCCCACGUGUGACCACAAGAACGAAUCCACCAACGCCUGCUUGGCCUUCAAGUGUCACCAGGGGCAGUGCCACAUCUCAGAUCGAGGGGAGCCCUACUGUCUGUGCCAGCCUGGCUUUAGUGGGGAGCACUGCGAGCAAGAGAGCCUGUGCCUGGGGGAGGUAGUCCGAGAGGUGAUCCGCCGCCAGAAAGGCUAUGCAUCUUGCGCCACAGCCUCCAAAGUGCCCGUGAUGGAGUGUCAUGGGGGCUGUGGGCUGCAGUGCUGCCGGCCCACCCGCAGCAAGCGGCGGAAGUACGUCUUCCAGUGCACAGACGGCUCCUCGUUUGUGGAAGAGGUGGAGAGACACUUGGAGUGUGGCUGCCGCGCGUGUUCCUAAGGCCCUCUGCCCCCCACCUCUCAGACUCCAGCUUCGUGGGGCUGCGACAGCCACGUGGGACCCCCGAGACCCGAGGUGAAGAAGUGGGCGCUGGAAAGGAAGAAGAAGAGAAUAUUAAGUAUAUUGUAAAAUAAACAAAAAAUAGAACUUAUUUUUAUUAUGGAAAGUGACUAUUUUCAUCUUUUAUUAUAUAAAUAUAUCACACCGUCUGAGUAUAUGUACCAUAUAGUGAGUUAUUUUUACCAAGUCUUGUGUUGUGUAUUUGUUGUGUUUUUAUAAACCGCUGUUAAAAAUUUUAAGAAAAAAAAGACUAAUAAAAAUGUUUUAAAACAAAAGGAUAAGAAUAAAGAAGUGAUAGCCUGUCCGAGGAAGAAGGAAGUUUUUAAUGUGAUGAAACAGUAUCAUGUCAGCAGAGAUACCAAGACCUGCUUACUGAGCUCAGGAAAAGGAAUGAUAAGAGGAAGAGAAGGAAAAGAUUUUUCUUUGUUUCUUCUUAUCUUUAAUGACUAUUUUCUCUUCCCUAAAAGCACCCAGCUUUUAAGUCCUGGUUGCCGAGGCCCAUCCUUCCAGGACAAGCUUUUGCACCCCGGCCACCUCAGACUCGCAGUUGCCGCCCCCAUCUGCCCCAGGCCACCAGCGGGGUCUGGGCCCUCUUCUCCCUCCAGGCUGGCCCUGGCUUCCACCACAGGGCUAUCCGAAACUCUGCCACAGCCUUCAUCUGAGCCUGUUGUGCCAAAUUUUAAAACACCGCCUCUCUUCCUGACCCUCUCCAGGUGAGUCAAGGGAAGAAGGGAUUAUGCAGUCUCCUCAGGCCCCAGCCACCGGUCCUUCCUUUGGAAAGUUGUGCACCAUCCUCUUCCCUUCAAUGUCCCACGAAUUUCACAUUAGAAUGCAGUAAUGGGAGAGCAGGCAGCCAGGAGCCCAGCCUGCCCACAGCCUGGGUACAAGUAUGACUCUGGAAAAUUCUUGGGGGAUCUUCCUAUGGGAAGCACAAGCCUCUGCCACCAGAUCCUCCAGACCACCGUCAUAUUGAUGACAAGUCCUUGCCCAUCUGCAACACUUCCCAACGCAUAUCCAUACCGCACCUUAUUUUAUCCAUGCAACCCCUGCCCCCAUGAGAAGGGUAAAGCCGUUUAGCCCCAUUUCACGGACAAGGAAACCAAAGCCUCUCUCAAACUCUGUGUCUUAAGCCACAUAUCUGAUAAGUAGAAGAGCCAGACUCAAAAGUUCUAGAUUCCUUCUCCAGAAUGGUGUAAACAGGAGAAAUUCAGGUAGUUUAAGUUCAUCAGACAAGCCCUACCAGGAGAAGAAAGUAGAUGUUCUUUACUGCUUUUUUCCUGCUCAUGUCCAUUCCUUGUUCUGUUCCCCCGGUAUCCAAAGUUUCUAAACAGAGUUCUAGGAGAGCAAAGGCAUACCUCCUGAUGGAGACUUGCCCUGGCCUCUCUCCCUACUCAGUCUAGUGCAGAGGGCUCCAGGGCUCAGCUGCCCAUCUCUCACUCAUCCCUCCUUUCCCCUGGGAGCCUCCCUUGCAGAAGUGUCAGGGAGGAGAGUGUGGGGCUCAAAGGACCUUCCAGCAUCGAGUGUCCCCAGAGGAGCCUAGUGGUUCUGUGAGCACCAACAGUGGGCCAAAGUCUCCAAGAAUCAGGAGGGAAAAAGAAAAGAUGGAAGAGCACAAGGCAAGUGGCAAAUAAGGAGGGAAGGAGGAAGAGAAAGAAGGGGUGGGGAGGGAGGGAAAGAAGGGAGGGAGAAAUUAAAUGGAAGAACUUACUUAAAAAUAUGCAUACUUAGAUUAUAUUCCAGGUACUUAGUGUACCUCAUGAUGGAUUUGUUUCAAAUAAUAGAUUCAUUUAGUACUUACUACAUUAUACAUCAGAUACCAUUCUAUAUUAUAUACACACACACACACAUAGGUAUAUGUGUGUAUAUGUAUAUAAUAUUCAUUUAAUUUUCAAAACAACCCUGCAGCAAAGACAUUACUAACCCAUUUUCCAGUUGAAUAAGUUGAGGCACAGAGAAGUUCAGGAACUUGCACAAGAGCAGGCACCUAAUAAACUGUAGAGCCAGGAUUUAGGCCCAGGUAGCCUAACUCCAGAACUUACUCCUCACGGGAAAGAAACAUCUGCCUUUAAGAAUCCUACAGUCCAGGGCAAAAACAAUCACGGGACAACUGCUUUAUUAUAGGAGUUCCCUGAUGGCAAUAUGAACAAGUGAAGUGGCUGUCCAGAGUUGGAAAUCUCCAAUUCUGGAUCUUUAAGGAUGAACAGGAGUUUGCCAGGGGGUUGAGAAAGGGAGUUAAUCGCCCAGGGCGUAGCCUGUUAAAAAGGAGUGAGACAGGAAAAGACCCGGUAUGUCGGGAACAGUCAGAGGUCCAGGGGGGGCAGGAGGGUGGGAUGCUCACUGGGGAAUAGGAGUCAGUGGGGAAGAUGUAAAGGCAGAGGUUCAGCCGCUAAGAGCCACGUGUGGCGAGCUAGAAUGCAGGGACCCAGCGGGGUUUUUGAGCAGGGGGAAGGAAAGACAUGCUGUGUUUUAGGAAGAGAACUGGGGGCAAAGUCAAGACAGGCUUGGGAGAGACAAGGCUCCACCACCCAGAACGGCUUGGGGGCUCCCAGUUGUUCAGUUUCUUGUGGCUAAACAAUGCUGAUUUCCAGGUGGGUCCCCAGAGUCUUUGUGGUAGCUCAAAAGUUCUGUCCUGAGAUCUGCCCAACACCCCUCCCUAUCCCUCAUGCUCUGCCAGCCCACUCCACCCAGGCAGGUAAACCCUAGGCUUAUUCUACCACCAAUACUCCUAGCUGGCCUCUCUCCACAUGACAUAAAGCCCACUCAGCCUGCCAUCUUGAGAGCCCACCCCAGGGUCACUGACUUUUCUGGGAGGACUCACCAGGCUGCAAGCUUUCCCUCUGGCUCCCCCAAUAAACCCAAGUCCUGCCUCUGUCAAUCAUGCCCUGGGCCCAAUCCUAAAUCCAGCAGCAGUCAGCCACAAAGGACCAGGUUCUUAGUGUAGCUUGAGGGGGAUUUUGAGUCUUCCCCUUAGUUUUGGAAACCCUGACUUUAUGAAAUGCCUAAACAAUAUCAUUAAGAAAAUUGUCCCCAAAAGGAAGUUUCUCUAACAAAUAGAGAUUAAAACUCUUAUUUCAAUGGCCAAAUUCUAGAAGCAGAGUCCCAGAGGGCAAGAAACAUUCAGUGAGGUAAUUUGCAUGCUUAAAAGUAUGGUUCAGUGUUUGUGUGUGGAUACGUACACAUGUGAAAAGGGGGAUUAGGCUCUGUUUCGCCCUGAGCAGGAAUCAGGCAAAGGAGAAGGGAGAAUCCCUUUGACUCAACCAAGAGAUCCUAAAAUGGCUGAUGAAAUGAUGUAUUUAAAAGUUAUUUGUAAAGUGUAAACUAAAAACCUUUAAUGUAAGAUGUUAUUACCAUUGUUGUUGCUGCUAUUGACAUGCCAACAGGCUCCAUGUAGAAGAUGGCUUUGCCUUUUCAAUUUCAGAAAGGAACCGGAGUCUGACACUUCAGAAAAAGGACAAGGAAGAGGGGGCAAGGAAAGGGAAAGAGAUUACCUAAGGCCAGAGAAUGAGAGGUAAUCCCCCAGAAUGACCCUUAGGAACCCAGGAGUGGCCAGGAUGGGGCUGGAGCCAACCUUGCCUUCCACCAUAUACAAAGCUACUUUGAACCCUAAGGCCAAACAGCCACCCAUUGACUUUGCUGUAAGAAGCCCCUAGCAUAAAUGGGCUUGCCCCUCAAAAUUCACGGGGUCUCAGUAUUAAAGCUGAAGGAACCUGAGGGAAUCCCUGAUGAGUGAUAAACCUGAGAAUCAGAGAAAUGGAAGGUCUAAACCAGAGACCAAGGUCAUCGAACAAAUUAACACCAGAAACAAGAAGAGACCCUGGUGUCUACCCAGGCCAUCAUUCUUCUUGCUACUCCACCAUGGGCAUCCAGGAAGACUGAAAUUGAGAAAGACCCUGUAAUACCUUCUAGGUGGCCAGGAAAGUACCCCCCCCCCCCGCCCACCCUUCCUGGACAGUGCACUCAGAUGUCUGGGAAGCUGGGGCAUGGCAUGGUUUGGUGACACUUACCCAUAUAUUCUAUUCUGGAUUAGUGCCAAAGGAAAUGCUUGGGGAAAGUUGGUGAAAGAUGCCAGCUAGCCAGAGAAGCAAAGACAGAAUUGGGCAUUUGGCAAAGCUUAUUUCUCUAACCCAACAAUAGAUUCUAAGAGGAAAAUUUUUUAAGAUGUUUUUAAAAACAAUGCUAUAGUGCCACUUCACCGCUAUGGGAUAAAUAAUGUACAUUUUUUAUGCAACAGACUGUCAUAUUCUGAUGUCAUUAAAAUAAAUGGAUGAGUCACAGGAGAGCCUUCAGAUGCUCUUGUGAAUACCAGAAGUUCAGCCCUA